AUGCGAGAAGGAGCUCCCCUUCCAGCUGUGGUAGUAGCUGUGACAGCGCUGACUCCACACGGACUGCUGGGGACAGGAAUCUCAAACGCACACAGUGAAUUUGGAGUGCGGAAGAAAAGCAUAUGUGGCCUGGAAAAGGGAAAGGAACGUAGCACUUGGGAGAGCACAUUACCAACGAACGCGGUGGCUGCGCGUGCUCCUGGCCGGCAGCCUGCUACUUCUCACUCCCCACCUGAUGGUGCAAACAGCCAGUGGACAACUGUCCCUUUCGCGCUUUGCUUCCUGCUUUUUGUGCUCUCACCCUCCCUGAAGCGCUGCCCGACCUCCGCAGCUGCUGUCGGCGGUUCGUCAGACCCCAAAGCGGAGGUGCCUUCCAGCAAGCCCGUCUCUAACGUGGACGAAAGGGCAGCGCCGCUGCAGCCCCCCCCUUGUCCCCGCCACUAUUCCGGCUGGGACGCAGACGCCGUCAGGAGACGCAAAUUUCCAGUGAUAACCUGGGCAGCGAUAAACUUCAUUCAGCCACAAGAGUGUGCAUGUGAGAGGACUGCAAAUCUCCUCCGCCAAACCAGAAUUAGCCGGUAUCGUAGGCAUGAGCAAGCGUGGAGGUUUGAAAUUGCACGGAAUGGAGACAAGACCGUGCAGAAGGCGAGCUGCCCCGGGGGCAAAAGGCCAGGGACGGGUCGCAGGCGUGCACGGAAAAUAAACGGCGGCGGGGCGGCGCGGGAGCUUUAUCAACUUGAAGCAAAGGCACAUGAUCUAACUGGGACAGCAGAGGUGAUACAGAAGAGGAAAUACAUGUACGGAGGAGACCAGUCUUACUUUGUGACCACAGACAGCCCAUGAAGAGUAAGUGCGCUCAGUCAU